GCUCCAGCCCUGAAACCUCUUGAGGUUGAUGACCCGCUACGGCCACAAAACGAUUCUGCACCCAUUGGGUCGACAAAUGUCCGGAAACCAAAUCCCGAACUACAGCCUCAGCCAACACGUGCUUUCGGAGAUCAUGAUCAAUUGCUUUCAUACAAAUAUCCGAUCUACUUCAAGAAUCCUUACUUGAAAGACUAUGUUUGCGCUGAUGAGUACAAUUACUAUCGUGUUAUUAACCAAUGCGAUCAUUUUAUUGAAUGCAAAAAACGUGAGGCGAUGGAAUUUAUUUGCCCAGAUGGUCUGUAUUUCAAUCCUGAAGCAAAAUGGCAAGAAUACCCGUGCGCAGACCCUGCAACUGUGGUGUGCAAAAUUGAAACUACGACAACACCGUCUCCGCCUAUCGAUGUGCCACAACCGUUGCCUCAUUACAAAUGCCCCGAUGAGAAUAAUUAUUAUGCUAUUGAAGAUCUAUGCAAAAGUUUCAUAGAAUGUAAGCAAUUUUCAGCAAUGAAAUUUUCAUGUCCUGAUAAUCUGCUUUUCGAUCCUGAGGUGAAGUGGCCUAAAUAUCCUUGCAAUGAUGCUUCAGAAGUGAGAUGUGGACCGCAACCCACCCAGAGACCCACUCUACUACCACCAAGGCCAACUCCUCCCCCAAAACCCAUUAUAGAUCCAUUCCCAUACACAACCGCCUCAACUCCAUAUGUUCCACACUCAACAUCUAAUACAGCAGGAACUACCCCAUUCCUUCCGACGCCAAAACCAGUUAAACCAACUCCACCCUUAGUACCGGAAGUGGUGCCUGUGAUUGUUCCUAAUUAUAUCUGUGCUGAAGAGAAUAGGUACUAUACUAUCAAUCGUGAUUGUGGAUCUUACAUCGAGUGUAAGAAAUACGUCGCGUAUGGUUGGAAGUGUCCUGAUGGUCUCCACUUUAACAUUGAUGCAAGAUAUCCAGACUACCCUUGCGCUUCUCCGUCAGUAGCAAAAUGCGGUAAACUUCCAGAAAAAGUAGACCCCGCCCAUGGAUGUCCACUCAGUGAUGGCUACUUCGGUUUACAAGAUGGUGACUGCAGUAGAUACUUAAUGUGCAAGAAAGGGCAAUCGCAAAUUAUGCAUUGCCCCGAUGGCCUGGUAUUCAACGACAAACUGAGCAGCUGCGAUUGGCUUGAAAAUGUUCCUUCUUGUAAUCCUACCGUCUUCCAAGGUUUCUCUUGCCCAGUACCGGAAUUGAACGAGCAUGGGCAACUAGACGAUACGAUCACUAAAUACAGAUACGGGACAAGAUGCAAGGAGUACAUAGCCUGCCAACGAGGUUACCCCAGACUGCUCAGCUGUGAUGCUGGACUUUCAUUCGAUAACGAAUCCAAAGCCUGCACUGACUCUAGACAUGUAACCAACUGUGAAUAAAUUUAUUUACAGACAGAAAAGUAUGCAGUUAGAAAUAGGUAGUAAUUUUAUUUUUCCUUUAAUUUCUUCAAGAAUCAUGACGUUGGUUAUAAGUGUCAAAUAAUUCUUUGGUUAACAUAGAAGAUCUAUCUCCUACCUAUACCUAUGUAGACUGUAUUAUUUUUUAUUUUAUUCAAUAAAAAUUAAC